UAAUCUUAUGAAUUUUUCCACUUCUUAACAAACUUUUGGUGAUUUGUAACUUCGUACUUAAUUUUCCUACCAUUUCUGCUAAAACACCCAUGGUCAAAUUGUCAUUGGAAGAUCAACAAAACAUCUUCGAAAAUUUAAGUACGUCAUCAAAUUAUUGACAAUAGGAUUUGGAAAUAUCUACUUUUUCAUAAAGCAAAGAAUUUUUUACAACUCUGUUAAGAUUACAAAGGCAUUUUGCGAAAAAACAUUGCUCAUAAUUCGGGAAUUUGAAAUAUGAAAAUCAUUAAUGAACAGUACAGAAAAAUUUACUUCUCUCUAGGAUUGCUCAUGAUGAUUGUUUUAAGAGUUACAUCAGAGGCCAUAUUUAACCAACGUACAAACAAAUACAUGGAUAGUAAAAACAGAGAUUUCUCCUUAAAAGUACAGAAAAUAAUGGAAAACUCACAAAUCCGGCCAGUAAGAGAGGUUAAAAAACAAUAUGAAAACUCUGAUGUUUAUCACAACAAGGGUUCUUUAUUAACAUCUCCAGCUGUUGCUGUGUGGUUUUUUCUGGAAAUCGAUGGCUUUGAUUACCUAUUUGCUGGUACAAAAGAUGGUUACAUCUGGCUGUAUGACAAUUCCAGUCUCAUUCCAUUAUUGCAAUUUCCAAGAGAGGAACCACUAUAUGAUCUUAAGGGUUUUAACUAUGGGAAUAGUUUAUGGCUCAUUGGUUUUCAUCAAAGUGACCAGAAAAGUUAUGUUCAAUUAUACCAGUAUGAUUUUUCCAACUUAGAAGCAAGACAAAAAAUUUUAAUUCAUCAAAUUUCAUUAAUAGACAUAACUCAGUUUGAAAAUUCUUUGUUUCUCAUUAUUGCAUCUGAUGUUUCAACUCCUGUGUUACAAUUAUUUAAAUGGAAUGGAACUCAGUUUGAUUAUGUUAGGUCAUCGCCGUUACAAGGGAAGCCUAAAAGUUUAUCUACGUGGCUGACUGAGAAAUAUCUGAAUGUGGCUGUUAGCUACACUGUGAGAAGCUUAACAGAUAUUCCAAAAUUUACUUUAUCAACUAAUUCAAGAAAUGUUAUAACUGUUCAAAUAUUUGAGUUAAAUUGCAUAAUUAUGAAGUAUUAUAAAACUGAAGAAGAUCAUUAUGUAGUUUGUGGCUAUGAAAACAACUUUAUUCAGUAUUGGUGGAAUGGUAUGAAGUUUGUGGAGCACAGAAAUAUUUCUUCAGAUACUGGAAAUAUAGUUGAUAUAGCUGUUUUAGUUUACCCUAAUAAUACUUUAUACAUAACUGUUGCUAAAAAAAAUAUCUUAGAGUUCUAUAUGCAGACAAAGUCAGUUCCUCUGACACGACUAGACGUGAUUAAACUUCCAGCUUCAAAAACAAUCAAAAGUAUUCAACUUUGUCGAAAACAACAAGAAUUUUAUUUGCUGCCUGUUUUUCAAGAUUAUAUGAAACCUUUAAUUUACCCAAUUGAUUUUGACAUAUACAGCUUGAAAAUUGCAUCCUUAAUCAAUGCUCCAAUUUUAAAGAAAUGCAUUUCAAAUAUGGAGUUGAGAAUCCAGAUCAUGAAUGAAAAGCUUAAUGAAGUUCAAGAUAAUUUGACUUUUGCAUGGAUGAAAACAGAUUACAUUAGUUUGCUUACUGUUAAUGUUAAAGGAUCAAUAUUUUCAAAAGCAAAAGUUGAUAUAGAGGAAAUAUCUUUCUCAAAUAAAUCUGAUAUUCCUAAACUUUUACCGACUAUAGACUUCUAUAAGAACUUAACCGAUAAAGUGUCAGUAUUAAAAUCACUUUUGGAAAAAGUAGUUAUGAAGAGAAAGACACAAACAAUACAUGGUAUACAUUUCAAAAUAAAAUUUUUCUCACAUUUUCGAAUUUCUUCUGAUUUAAAUACAGUAUCAUGCUUAAAAAUGGUACAAUUUAAAUUUCUGCUGAUAAUUAUAAAUUUAAUAUACUGAAAUAGUAAGAAAUUG